UUCCGCCUCCACCCCCACCGCAAGCCUACCACGAAAAAAAAAAAACUCACAACGCUGCUAAACAGUCAUGGAGAACGAUGGAGGUCAACGUACUCAUGAUGAGAAGGCUGGCCCGGUUCAGUUAGUUGCCGGGUGUUGUUCAUGGCAACACGAGUCCUCCGGCGAGGGCCGCUCCCCUCGCCAGAGUUCCGGUGAACACACAGCACGAAGGCCAAGGACCUCCUCCUCCUACUACCGCAGCCCCGCGGUUGAGUGAUACGCGUCGCAGUCAUCAACGGAGUCGAUCGUCCGCGACAGACGCAUCGGUCCACAAGAUGCACGCGCAGCAGCUCCUCACGCUCCCUCGCUGCUUGGAGCAUCCCUGACCCCAUCACCUCCGCCUCCGCCUGUGCAGCACUGCUAAGAUCUAUGCCGCUCGCAGCAUCGCCGUCAUCCUCGUCACGCUGACUUGGUGUGUAACUCAAGAGCAUGUAGAACGGUAUGCUGCGGUUCAAAUGGCGCAAAUGCACCAUAUCGACAGCAUGCAUUGCACCGGGUCUGGCGUGCAGUGGCGAUUGGCUUAACUGUCUUGCGGUACUAUAGCUGGCUCGCCAUGAUAGUGUGUAUCACGGCCGAGGUUGUGGGUGCAUAGAUAGCUAGCCUCACGGGCUGGUGCGGCAUGAUGUAGUGUCCAGACAACGUCGGAGUAUCUCGGGGAGUAUUUUUUUUUUUUUGGUCUUCACUUCAAAUCAGCGCUCAUGGCACUAGUGCCGUUUACUCCAACCCGUCCAACCCGUGGUCACACAGAAGAGCCCCUCUCUACCCUCCCCUCCUGCGGUACUUUGCCUUCGAUUUUCAAUGCGAGAAGAGUUCAGCACUCUCUUCCCUCUGUGUACAGGCGAACUAUGUAGCGCUAUCCACUAGGCCAGGAGCGGAAGCGAGAGGAAAACUCACUUUGUAAGAAAAGCUCGCUUACGCCGGGAUUCGAACCCCUGACCUGACCUCUACUAGUCUAGAAGGUUUCGAGGUUACCAAUUAGACCACCGGGGCAACCGGCAAUACACCUGAAACNUUCGAUUUUCAAUGCGAGAAGAGUUCAGCACUCUCUUCCCUCUGUGUACAGGCGAACUAUGUAGCGCUAUCCACUAGGCCAGGAGCGGAAGCGAGAGGAAAACUCACUUUGUAAGAAAAGCUCGCUUACGCCGGGAUUCGAACCCCUGACCUGACCUCUACUAGUCUAGAAGGUUUCGAGGUUACCAAUUAGACCACCGGGGCAACCGGCAAUACACCUGAAACUGUUCCCAAAAAGAUAGAUGCGAGCAAGAUGGAAUUCGAUCUUUUCUGCGGUCUUUGAGGGCAAUUCGUACAAGCGAAAGAUCGAUUCCUAAAGAUCCAGCGGUCUUAGGCGCUCGGGUGGAUAACAAAGAUCGAAAUCAAAUCGAAUUCCGAUGUUCGCAAACACCGUAAAAUAUUUGGGCCGUUUGCAUCAUUCCCAAUUUUUGUUCCAAAGUUUCCAUAGACUAUGCUGCCUUUCUUCCCCUCGCUGCCUCGGCAAGGUUUUGCGUAGGCAUGACCCAUAGCGAUGGGGGGGGUCUUUCUAGCGAGCAGGGCUAGACUCAUCCUCAGGGGACCGAUACCUUCUUGCUGCAGCGCACCCGCCGCGAGGCGUGCGUCGUGGUGGAGUUGGGUCGGCACUGGUGCGUCUAGUACAAAGGUGCAGAUGCGCGGGCCUCCAGGCCGUCGGUGUAGGCAGCAAUGCCCAUCUCAUCUUUGUGCGCGGAGGCAGACGUCAUCAGAAAGGUGGACGGGCACUAUGUACACAGCCCUAGGUUUGCUAGAGGGAGCUGUACUGUCGCAGUAACCUGGUUUUGUUAUCAAAGGAGGAGGGGACAGGUGGUGACGAGCUGAUUGGGCUGGUUGACCCUUCGGCGCGAGAAUCUUCAGACCAAGAACCCUGAUUGCAACGAGGGAGAAAGCGGGGACCCGACUGGGAAGGAUAGCAACGAGACCGUGUACGAAGCGGAGCGGGUCGAGUUUGGUCGUGCUAGGAUCGACCACAGCGGCACCGGAGCAGCGGCACCGGAGCAGCGGAACCGGACCAUGCGGACGGCAUCGAACCGUGGCGCACGGACAAACAUCUCUUGUAUUGUCAAUUAUUUUCCCGUUUUUUCUCCUGAAUACAGGUGUUGGGUGUGUGUGAUGACGUCACUGGUUUUAUAGAGAGACGCGGCAGAGAUGGCGCGGAUAAC